AUGUUUCUUCACUAUGUCAUACGAGCAAUCCCAAAUGUGAGCAAUGCAAACAAUUCUAAUGACCGAGCAUUUCAAGGCCAUGUCAUCUGA